AUGAAAGUCAUUUCAACCAAGAAGUUAAUUCUGUUUGCUUUAGCUACAGUGGUCUUUCUCACAUCAAACAGCAUGUGCCUAAAUGAAGCAAUGAAGUCCAGGCUGCAGAGCAGAGAAGACAAUGAUGAUAAAGAUUAUGAGAUUAAAGAUAAUAUUUUGGAAGAAAAGCAGAGGAGUCUCAAUUUUGAAGAAAUGGAAGACUGGGCAUCAAAAGAUAUCAUCAAAAUGAACCCUUUUACAGCAAGCAAGAUGCCAAAUUCAGUUGCUAAUUUACCUCUUAGAUUUGGAAGAAAUUAUCCAGAAGAAAGAAGCAUUAAACCAUUUUCAAAUUUGCCCCUGAGAUUUGGAAGAGCUUUUGGAGAGAACAUACCUAAUCAUUCUCCAAGGGUAUCACACAGGCUUGAGAGAUCUCCACUUGUUAAAGGUUCCAGUCAAUCACUUCUAAAUUUGCCACAGAGAUUUGGGAAGUCACUGGCUGUCAAUCUGCCUCGAGACGUUCAGGAAUUCGAACCAGGGAUAUGAAUUCUAACACUUAUGUUAAUACUGGAAUGAAAUUAUGAAGACAG